CUAUGGGGUGCAACAUGCUAAACUGUCCGGGCUCAGUUGACAGUAAUGGAGGUUAGACCUAGCAGAGGCAGAGGAGGCAGCUGGAGAAGAGGUGGCCGGGGUGGACACGACGGCGACAGUUUCGGCGGCGAACACCGGGGCAGAGGGAGAGGAGGCCACCACCGCGGCCGGGGCAAGAGAGACCACUACCGCGGCCGUGGACGCGGAGGAGGAGGCCGAGGAGCGGACUUCCAUCACCGGGAUCAAGAUGAAGGGGAUAACUUUCAUGAGGAUGACGACAGGAUGGAGGUUUUCUCCAGGAGGAAACUGGAGUCAAACUGGGAUCGUUAUGAGGAGUCAGAGAAGGAGCAGCCCGCUGAUGACACGCCCACUCAGAGAGGAACCAACUACCAUGUCCUACUGGAGUCUGCAGGGGAUUCGUUCACUCAAUUCCGGUUUUCAGAUGAAAAAGACUGGGAGAUGGAUUCAUUUGCAGCCAAUCAGAUGUCUGCAGUGUUUGUGGACCUCCCUGCGCUGGCCCAGAGCCUUCAAGAAGUGCCUCUCCAUCAGAGACUGAACCUGGAGGCUGAGCUGGUUCAGGUCUCAACACCAGUAGAGUUGCCCACUAUGACCCUCGCACCUAAACAGGAGAUACCCAAAACUGCCACAUUCACUCCACCGUCCGCAACUUUAAAAGUCCUCAGCACCAACCAGAAAGUCUCCGUUGCUUCAAUCCCAGUGUCAGGAUCAGACUCUCGGGUUUCCGUAAGUGCCGCUGAGCCACAGGUGGAUGAUGUUGAUGAAGAGCUGGACCAGCUGCUCGGUUUAGAGAAACCAGUUUCAGGAGACCAGUCUGUCAGUGUUGCAGACGAGAAGAGUGAUGGUCCAGAGAAAUCAUGUGAGGAAGUGGUACCGGAGGUGAUAAAAGAGAAGAUGGAGGAGGUGAAAGACAAAGAUGUCACGCCUCCCAAGUCUGCUUCAAUCAAACAGGAAAUGACAGAGGAGGACCUGGAGGACUGGCUAGAUAGCAUGAUCUCCUGACCAUCACCCAUCAAGGACACAGAGUUGAUUAAAAAACAAAAAAGAAGAGGUAUACAAAGGAACCUGAACAUUAAAAUUUAAAGUUGUAAUCCUUAAGAUUUCAGUCCUGCUUGAUUUGGCAACACCUUUGGUCACCAUGGUAACAGCGAGUGCAGUUUAAUAGUACAGCAAACACUCCUUGAGCAGCUUCAGAAAUACAACACCAGAGCAACUGGUGCAUCAGUUUGCAGUGCAGCUUAACAAACUUGCAUAAAAAAGAUGCCAAAAUUGCCUGUUGUUUUGAUGAAGGAGUGUGAUCAGUGAUGUUUAUGGAACUUGGCGCAAGCACGUCAUGCCAACAAUUAUGGUAAAGCACACCCUCUCGUGUAAUAUUGCUUAAUUGUGUCCUUGGUAAGCUAUGUUUCGGCAGGUCAAAGACAAACAGGCAUAAAUGCCCGACUAACAGUACUGACAUCUGCAGAUAUUUUUGUAAACAAUCUGAUAUUGGUAUCAGUAAUUUUUGUCUGUUUGACUGCUGUAUGUAUGCAAAUUAUGUACAAUAAUUCAUUGUGCAAACAGUGACUUGCAUCUGACACAUCUAGGUUGCCGAAGUGGUACUCGAAAAAUUCGUCCAGGGUUGGCAGGUGUGGAGAAGACACACUGUGUUUUGCCAGUCGAGUGCUCUUACUGUGAAGCAGCAGCAGUACCAAAUGUUCAGUUUGCAUUAGCAGCAACUUAAUACAGCUCUGAUACAGUGUGUACAGGAGAGUCAACAGUAAACAGUAAGGCUGGUGUCUAGGAGAUAAAAUUAGAAACGUAUGGCUUGAUAACAUACAUGCAUUGUGUCCUGUGAAUAGCUUGUGCGUAGUAAGGCAUUUUGAAACCGGCGUGGGAAUGGUGGACUCUGCCACCAACAAUAAAAACUACUACACAGAGAGGUAAUUACAGAAUGGAAAUACAUUGAGUCGCUUUUGUCACUGAAAAAAAUGCCGUCCAUAAAUAGUAUCCACUACGGGGACUAUAAGGAUUAUAACUUUAAUGUCUUCAUUGGGUUUAAUCUGAUUUAAAUCCUCUGCGCUUCAACUUUUGUCCUCCAAACAGAACUUGAGUUGAAAUGUCUCAUAAAGACAUUAAGCCUGAAAACCAAUUUUUCAAGUUUAAAUACUUGGCGGACACUCAAAGGACUUUAGAUUGAUGGACUUUCUUUCACUUUGGCCCGCUAUUCUUUGCUUAUUAAAAAGUGGUGGUCAAGCUAUGUUUUUUGUCUAGUUUCUUCAGCUGAAUGAGGGACAGUAUGUUCGAAGGUGUAGAGAUGGGACAGAAUGUCUCGGACAUCUGUGAGAAUAUGUCAAAAUGUUCCCGCUGUACAUGUUUCAGAGAAAGAAUGCUCUGUUCCUUGUGAGAUGGUGAAGGUUACACACCGCGGGAGUGUCGCCAUUAGACGGAUCCCAGCUGCUAAAGGGACGGACAAAAAGUGAAACAGCGCUCGGGUGACACGUUUGGUUUAUUGCGUCAAUUACUUUAUUCAUUUCCUCCCCCUCAUCAAAAGAAAUGCGGUUUACCAAAGCUACUACAUACAUACAAAUGGCCAUACAAUAGCUGUUAUCCAUUUUGUUGUCAAUAAAUCCUUGAACCAA